AUGAGUGGUUACGACAGAGCGCUAUCAAUUUUCUCACCUGAUGGCCACAUUUUUCAGGUUGAAUAUGCAGGAGAAGCUGUGAAAAGAGGAACCUGUGCUGUAGGUAUUAAGGGGAAAGACUGUGUUGUGGUUGGAUGUGAGAGACGGUCAACAUUGAAACUGCAGGACCCUAGAAUCACGCCGUCUAAGAUAUCUAAGAUCGAUUCACAUGUGGUUCUCUCGUUUGCUGGCCUUAAUGCAGACAGCCGUAUUCUAAUCGAAAAAGCACGUGUGGAGGCACAAUCGCAUAAGCUUACGCUCGAAGAUCCAGUGACUAUCGAAUACGUGACACGUUAUGUUGCCGGUGUGCAGCAGAGGUACACUCAAUCUGGUGGUGUGAGGCCUUUUGGUGUAUCCACACUGAUCGCGGGUUUUGAUCCACGGGAUACUACGCCUAAACUCUACCAGACCGAACCAAGUGGUAUCUAUUCUGCGUGGAGCGCGCAAGCCAUUGGAAGAAACAGCAAGACUGUACGCGAGUUCCUUGAGAAAAAUUAUUCUAAAGAAGCACCUCCAUCUACCGAACAAGACUGUGUGAAACUUACUGUGAAAGCGCUUCUGGAAGUAGUUCAAACAGGUGCAAAGAACAUUGAAAUUACGGUUGUGAAACCAAACUCACAGCUCACAAACCUAACUAGUGAAGAAAUUGGUAAAUACGUUGAUGAGAUUGAGCUCGAGAAACAGCAAGAGCUUGACAAGAAGAAGAAGAGAAGGGAAGAGAACUAG